AUGAAGCAGAUGAUGCUUCUCGCCCAUGCAAAUGGAGAGGAAAAGUGUCAAUUUGAGUCGACGAGCAGCAACAAUGCCUUGUCAAAGGUAUAUUUGAAUCGACAAGAACAGGUUUCUAUAAUGGGGAGAUAUCGCUCCUACAUCCGGUGGCUUGGCCGCACAAUUGAAUUCUCGCUCAAUAUGACGACUGGAGCUGGCAUUUUUAAAAUUUCCCCCUCACUGAAAGUACAGACAGUUUUCUCCUAUGGAAGGCCCGAGUACCGGUACGUGAGUGAUCUCCUGCAGUCGCUAUGGUUGGGGCUGGAUUUCGACAAUGACUUUCAGAGACUGAAGAAUUCGCUCUCGGAGCGAAGGUUCGCUCUUUCGUGUGCCGUACAACUUGAAUACAACGGAGGUACCAAAUCAUUGUUCGAAGAGUUCUCCACGAUUUUAGCGAAACAUGCGAUAUUAAUGAGCAAUGACUUACAACGCCGCAGAAUUGUGGAGUUUCUUCUGGCUGUUAGGACAGAGUCAGACAAUUCGGAUUGUCCAAUGACUUUGGGAAUAUCGCCACACGUACUUCUCAAAGCAGCGGAUAUUCCAAUCAUUGCGCAUCUUGCCAAAAUUGGCUUCAGCUUUGACUUCUCGAAAGACUGGCACUGUUACACAAAGGACAACUUGGUACUUUUGCUUCCUCUACUCGACUCAGGUAUGACUCUAGAAUUUGAAUAUGCCUCUUCUAUCAACCUUAAGGUGGAAGAUAGUGAUACAAACACCGGAAGUCCUAAGGCUCCUUUGUCGCGAAAAUGCUGCGGAGCUCAGACUAGCUCUCCAAGAGAAACGAAUUUCGCCCAACGGAUGGGUUGA